CUCCCAGGCUGCUGGGAGUACAGGCGCGCGCCCCGCACCCGGCCGCGACAGUCUCGCAGUGGGGGUGCAGUCCUGCCCUGCUUUGUAGGUCGGGGCACCGCGGGUCAGAGACGAUCAGUGUGGCCGAGGGCGCGCGGCAGUCCGCGCACAGCCAGUGCCCGACGAGGCGGGCUCUGCAGCCGGGCCGUCGGCCUGAACCGCUCCCGUGGUUGCGAGCGCCCCGCGGGGAUGCCCCGGCAGCGGCACAGGCCUGGGUCUCCGUGCAGGGGAGGCGGCCGCUCCCUGGGGCCCCUGCGCGGUGGUGA